UUAAUAUAAAAGAACAUGUGUUAUGGUUUUAAGAAAAAACGAACGAAAUUAUUUACGAAAAUUUUAAUAAUGCGACCCGUUCUAAUUGUAUCGAUUAUCUGUGCCAUAUUAUUGGUAUCAGUUAGUGCCAAUAACCAAGAAAUCAGUGAUGACAAUACUAACGAAACAGGCGAUCCUUUAGAAAGCCUACAAGACGGACCUUGCGAAGAUGAUCUAAAUGAAAACCAAUCAACAAUUGAUAUACAGAUUGAAUCAUUCACGACAGAAAUAUCGCCAGAAUAUCCAGCUAAUAACGACACUCAAAAUAUUACUGUCAUUUCUCGAAAUAUAACUGAUAUCAGAUUGGAUACACCCGACAAGAACGGAGGAUUAACCGAUCUCGAAAAUAACGACGACGUAGUUGAAGAUACUACAAAUGAUGCUGCAACUACUGUAAACGAUUUAAAUGUUAAUAACACAGAAAAUGAUGAUAUUACUGAAGGAUCAGUUAAUAACGAAACUUAUAACAAUAACGAUGCAAUAGAUGAUUCUAUUGAUGUUACUACAGAAAGUAAUUUUAAGGAUGAUGCCGAUACAGAUUCAAUUGGUAACAGUGGAUUGACUAAUGAAGGAUUUGUCGAUAUUGUAACCAUAGUUUAUCAAAGAAGUGAUAAUACAGACGCAACAGAUUCUGGUUACGAUAUUAAAGUAACUGCUGGUGAUAAUGAUGAAGAUACAACUGAUGAAAGUGAAACUACUACAGUUGUUAACGCAAGAAACGAUAUUGAAGCAAAAGAUAACGUACCUAUUGAUGGUAAUAGAGAUAAAAAUGUGAAUGAUGAUGAAGAAACUACCAAUACAGACGCAACUAACUCUGAUGACGAUAUUAGUACAACUGCUGGUGAUAAUAAUGAAGAUACAACUGAUGAAAGUGAAACUACUACAGUUGAUGUAACAAUUUCUGAUGUAAGAAACGAUAUUAAAGCAGAUGAUAAAGUAUCUAAUGAUGAUAUUAACAACAACAAUAUAGAUAAUAAUGAAUAUAUUGUUAAUACAGAUGCAACAGAUUCUAUUGACGAUAUUAAUGUUACUACUGGUGAUAAUAAUGACGAUACAACUGAUGAAAGUGAAACUACUACAGUUGAUGUAACAAUUUCUGAUGUAAGAAACGAUAUUAAAGCAGAUGAUAAAGUAUCUAAUGAUGAUAUUAACAACAACAAUAUAGACAAUAAUGAAUAUAUUGUUAAUACAGAUGCAACAGAUUCUGAUGACGAUAUUAGUACAACUGCUGGUGAUAAUAAUGAAGAUACAACUGAUGAAAGUGAAACUACUACAGUUGAUGUAACAAUUUCUGAUGUAAGAAACGAUAUUAAAGCAGAUGAUAAAGUAUCUAAUGAUGAUAUUAACAACAACAAUAUAGAUAAUAAUGAAUAUAUUGUUAAUACAGAUGCAACAGAUUCUAUUGACGAUAUUAAUGUUACUACUGGUGAUAAUAAUGACGAUACAACUGAUGAAAGUGAAACUACUACAGUUGAUGUAACAAUUUCUGAUGUAAGAAACGAUAUUAAAGCAGAUGAUAAAGUAUCUAAUGAUGAUAUUAACAACAACAAUAUAGACAAUAAUGAAUAUAUUGUUAAUACAGAUGCAACAGAUUCUGGUGACGAUAUUAAUGUUACUACUGGUGAUAAUAAUGAAGAUACAACUGAUGAAAGUGAAACUACUACAGUUGAUGUAACAAUUUCUGAUGUAAGAAACGAUAUUAAAGCAGAUGAUAAAGUAUCUAAUGAUGAUAUUAACAACAACAAUAUAGACAAUAAUGAAUAUAUUGUUAAUACAGAUGCAACAGAUUCUAUUGACGAUAUUAAUGUUACUACUGGUGAUAAUAAUGACGAUACAACUGAUGAAAGUGAAACUACUACAGUUGAUGUAACAAUUUCUGAUGUAAGAAACGAUAUUAAAGCAGAUGAUAAAGUAUCUAAUGAUGAUAUUAACAACAACAAUAUAGAUAAUAAUGAAUAUAUUGUUAAUACAGAUGCAGCAGAUUCUGUUGACGAUAUUAAUGUUACUACUGGUGAUAAUAAUGACGAUACAACUGAUGAAAGUGAAACUACUACAGUUGAUGUAACAAUUUCUGAUGUAAGAAACGAUAUUAAAGCAGAUGAUAAAGUAUCUAAUGAUGAUAUUAACAACAACAAUAUAGAUAAUAAUGAAUAUAUUGUUAAUACAGAUGCAACAGAUUCUAUUGACGAUAUUAAUGUUACUACUGGUGAUAAUAAUGACGAUACAACUGAUGAAAGUGAAACUACUACAGUUGAUGUAACAAUUUCUGAUGUAAGAAACGAUAUUAAAGCAGAUGAUAAAGUAUCUAAUGAUGAUAUUAACAACAACAAUAUAGACAAUAAUGAAUAUAUUGUUAAUACAGAUGCAACAGAUUCUGGUGACGAUAUUAAUGUUACUACUGGUGAUAAUAAUGAAGAUACAACUGAUGAAAGUGAAACUACUACAGUUGAUGUAACAAUUUCUGAUGUAAGAAACGAUAUUAAAGCAGAUGAUAAAGUAUCUAAUGAUGAUAUUAACAACAACAAUAUAGACAAUAAUGAAUAUAUUGUUAAUACAGAUGCAACAGAUUCUAUUGACGAUAUUAAUGUUACUACUGGUGAUAAUAAUGACGAUACAACUGAUGAAAGUGAAACUACUACAGUUGAUGUAACAAUUUCUGAUGUAAGAAACGAUAUUAAAGCAGAUGAUAAAGUAUCUAAUGAUGAUAUUAACAACAACAAUAUAGAUAAUAAUGAAUAUAUUGUUAAUACAGAUGCAGCAGAUUCUGUUGACGAUAUUAAUGUUACUACUGGUGAUAAUAAUGACGAUACAACUGAUGAAAGUGAAACUACUACAGUUGAUGUAACAAUUUCUGAUGUAAGAAACGAUAUUAAAGCAGAUGAUAAAGUAUCUAAUGAUGAUAUUAACAACAACAAUAUAGACAAUAAUGAAUAUAUUGUUAAUACAGAUGCAACAGAUUCUAUUGACGAUAUUAAUGUUACUACUGGUGAUAAUAAUGACGAUACAACUGAUGAAAGUGAAACUACUACAGUUGAUGUAACAAUUUCUGAUGUAAGAUACGAUAUUAAAGCAGAUGAUAAAGUAUCUAAUGAUGAUAUUAACAACAACAAUAUAGACAAUAAUGAAUAUAUUGUUAAUACAGAUGCAACAGAUUCUAUUGACGAUAUUAAUGUUACUACUGGUGAUAAUAAUGACGAUACAACUGAUGAAAGUGAAACUACUACAGUUGAUGUAACAAUUUCUGAUGUAAGAAACGAUAUUAAAGCAGAUGAUAAAGUAUCUAAUGAUGAUAUUAACAACAACAAUAUAGAUAAUAAUGAAUAUAUUGUUAAUACAGAUGCAGCAGAUUCUGUUGACGAUAUUAAUGUUACUACUGGUGAUAAUAAUGACGAUACAACUGAUGAAAGUGAAACUACUACAGUUGAUGUAACAAUUUCUGAUGUAAGAAACGAUAUUAAAGCAGAUGAUAAAGUAUCUAAUGAUGAUAUUAACAACAACAAUAUAGACAAUAAUGAAUAUAUUGUUAAUACAGAUGCAACAGAUUCUAUUGACGAUAUUAAUGUUACUACUGGUGAUAAUAAUGACGAUACAACUGAUGAAAGUGAAACUACUACAGUUGAUGUAACAAUUUCUGAUGUAAGAAACGAUAUUAAAGCAGAUGAUAAAGUAUCUAAUGAUGAUAUUAACAACAACAAUAUAGAUAAUAAUGAAUAUAUUGUUAAUACAGAUGCAGCAGAUUCUGUUGACGAUAUUAAUGUUACUACUGGUGAUAAUAAUGACGAUACAACUGAUGAAAGUGAAACUACUACAGUUGAUGUAACAAUUUCUGAUGUAAGAAACGAUAUUAAAGCAGAUGAUAAAGUAUCUAAUGAUGAUAUUAACAACAACAAUAUAGACAAUAAUGAAUAUAUUGUUAAUACAGAUGCAACAGAUUCUAUUGACGAUAUUAAUGUUACUACUGGUGAUAAUAAUGACGAUACAACUGAUGAAAGUGAAACUACUACAGUUGAUGUAACAAUUUCUGAUGUAAGAAACGAUAUUAAAGCAGAUGAUAAAGUAUCUAAUGAUGAUAUUAACAACAACAAUAUAGAUAAUAAUGAAUAUAUUGUUAAUACAGAUGCAGCAGAUUCUGUUGACGAUAUUAAUGUUACUACUGGUGAUAAUAAUGACGAUACAACUGAUGAAAGUGAAACUACUACAGUUGAUGUAACAAUUUCUGAUGUAAGAAACGAUAUUAAAGCAGAUGAUAAAGUAUCUAAUGAUGAUAUUAACAACAACAAUAUAGACAAUAAUGAAUAUAUUGUUAAUACAGAUGCAACAGAUUCUGGUGACGAUAUUAAUGUUACUACUGGUGAUAAUAAUGAAGAUACAACUGAUGAAAGUGAAACUACUACAGUUGAUGUAACAAUUUCUGAUGUAAGAAACGAUAUUAAAGCAGAUGAUAAAGUAUCUAAUGAUGAUAUUAACAACAACAAUAUAGAUAAUAAUGAAUAUAUUGUUAAUACAGAUACAACAGAUUCUGGUGACGAUAUUAAUGUUACUACUGGUGAUAAUAAUGAAAAUACAACUGAUGAAAGUGAAACUACUACAGUUGGUUUUGAUGCUAUUAUCACAAUUGUAGAUGCAGGAAAAGAUAAUAAGAAUGAUGUAGAUGACAAUUCUGCUAAGGGAUUUGAAAAUAGUGAAGAUACUAAAAAAACUACAAUUGGAGAAAACGCUGAUGGUAGUUUCAGUGUCAAUUCUGAAGUUAAUGAUGAAGACACCACUGAAAAUAACGAUGUUUUUACCAUAGUAACCGAUUCAAGUAUAAUUGAUGACGAAACUACAAUUAAUUCAAAUAUAAAUGAUGCAAAUGAUGAUAUACAAACUAAUGAUGACGGAAUAACUGAGAAUGGCAGUAAUUCAAAUACAAACAACGCCAAUAAUGAUGAAAAAACCGAUGCUAAUGUUGACAAUGGUGUUUUUGAUGGAGCUAAUAAUGAUAAUAACAACGAAAGCAACAAUAUUGACGAUGCUACUGAUAGUGCUAAUGGUGUAUCUAGCGCAUCCGCUACAGAAACUACUAAUGUAUAUAAUAAUGAUGAUAAUGAUACAAACAAUGAAAAUUUAGAAAUUGACCAAACUACUACCGAAAAAGGUAAUGAAAAUGGCACCGAAGCUCCAAACACAGAUGAUGAAACAACAUUAAACACGAAUUCGCAAAAUAUUUCUGUCGACACCAAUGAUGAAUCAACUAAUGACGGAAACCAAAAAACUCCCGAUGGUUUUGGAGAUUCAACGACAGAUAUUGGAGAAGAAAUACUAAAAAUUAAGGAGGAAAUGAGACAGAAAGCAGAGGAGUUAAGAAAACGAUUAGAAGAAGUAAGGAAGCAACAAGACAAGCAAAAAGAAGAAGAGAGGAGAGUAAAGGAAGAAGAGAAAAAGCGUAAGGAAGAGGAAAGAAGACAGAAAGAGCUCGAGAAGAAGCAAAAAGAAGAAGAGAGAAGACAGAAGGAACUCGAAAAGAAACAAAAAGAAGAAGAGGAGAAAAAACAGAAAGAGCUCGAGAAGAAGCAAAAAGAAGAAGAGAAGAAAAAACAGAAAGAGCUCGAGAAGAAGCAAAAAGAAGAAGAGGAGAAAAAACAGAAGGAGCUCGAGAAGGAGCAAAAAGAAGAAGAGAGAAGACAGAAGGAGCUCGAAAAGAAACAAAAAGAAGAAGAGGAGAAAAAACAGAAGGAGCUCGAAGAGAAGAAAAAAGAAGAAGAGGAGAAAAAACAGAAGGAGCUCGAGAAGAAGCAAAAACAAGAAGAGGAGAAAAAACAGAAGGAGCUCGAGAAGAAGCAAAAACAAGAAGAAGAAAAAAGACAGAAGGAGCUCGAAAAGAAGCAGAAAGAAGAAGAAAAAAGAAGACAAAAGGAGCUUGAGCAGAAGCAAAAAGAAGAAGAAAAGAAAUUGAAAGAAGAACAAAGGAAGCAGAAAGAAGAAGAGAAUAGGAGAAAGCAGGAAGAGAAAAGAAUACAGAACGAGGAAAGACAGAAACAGAAAUUAGAAGAACAAAAACUAAAAGAGGAAGAACGGAAAAGGAAAGAAGAAGAGAAGAAUGAUUCUGAUGAAAGUGAAGAGGAUAGUAUAGAAAACACACAAAACAAUACAGAAAAAUAUGAGAAAUGGAUGAUGAUACUCCAGAGAAAAAUCGAGCAGAAACAAAAAUAUUUAGAUUCUAUUAAGGAGAAAUAUGGAAUCGACGUACAGUGCGACUCAGAAAUUUGUAGAUUAAAUUGUGUAUUAGCUCGUAAUCAUUCAGGUUAUUGCAAUAAAGAUAAAUUAUUUUUAGAUAGAAUUUCAAUCAUGCUAUCGGUUAAAGUUUUGUUACUAAUUUGUGCCAUAUCUUGGACACUAGUAGUAGCAGAAGAAGAAGAUGUUAAUGUUGAUAACAAACAAGAUGGAGAAAUAAAUUUAACUAAUUAUCAAAACAUAUCAGCAAACAAUUAUAAUAAAAGUAGAGUAGUAAGAGAUACCGAAGAAAGUGAAGAUGAUAAUGAUGAAAGUGCAGAAAGUACCGAAGAUACCGAAGAAAGCGAUGACGAAGAUAAUGAAAGCGACAAUUCCACAGAAGAUAAUGAAAAUGAUAGUGAACAGACAGCUACAACAGUUGAUGAAAGUAAUGAAAUAACAAGUGGAACAACCGAAAGCAGUGAAAACAGUAACGAAAAUUCACAAGAUAAUGAUGAUGAUAAUGAUGAUGAAAGUACAGAAGCUACAAAUGAUACUGAAGAAAACGAUGACGAAGAUAGUGAAAGCGACAAUUCUACAGAAGAAAGUGAAAAUAAACAGACAGCUACAACAGUUGAUGAAAGUAAUGAAAUAACAAGUGGAACAACAGAAAGCAGUGAAAACAGUGACGAAAAUUCACAAGAAAAUGAUGAUGAAAGUACAGAAGCCACAAAUGAUACCGAAGAAAACGAUGACGAAGAUAAUGAAAGCGACAAUUCUACAGAAGAAAAUGAAAAUCAACAAACAGCUACAACAGUUGAUGAAAGUAAUGAAAUAACAAGUGGAACAACCGAAAGCAGUGAAAACAGUGACGAAAAUUCACAAGAAAAUGAUGAUGAAAGUACAGAAGCCACAAAUGAUACCGAAGAAAACGAUGACGAAGAUAAUGAAAGCGACAAUUCUACAGAAGAAAAUGAAAAUCAACAAACAGCUACAACAGUUGAUGAAAGUAAUGAAAUAACAAGUGGAACAACCGAAAGCAGUGAAAACAGUGACGAAAAUUCACAAGAAAAUGAUGAUGAAAGUACAGAAGCCACAAAUGAUACAGAAGAAAACGAUGACGAAGAUAAUGAAAGCGACAAUUCUACAGAAGAAAAUGAAAAUCAACAAACAGCUACAACAGUUGAUGAAAGUAAUGAAAUAACAAGUGGAACAACCGAAAGCAGUGAAAACAGUGACGAAAAUUCACAAGAAAAUGAUGAUGAAAGUACAGAAGCCACAAAUGAUACAGAAGAAAACGAUGACGAAGAUAAUGAAAGCGACAAUUCUACAGAAGAAAAUGAAAAUCAACAAACAGCUACAUCAGUUGAUGAAAGUAAUGAAAUAACAAGUGGAACAACAGAAAGCAGUGAAAACAGUGACGAAAAUUCACAAGAAAAUGAUGAUGAAAGUACAGAAGCCACAAAUGAUACAGAAGAAAACGAUGACGAAGAUAAUGAAAGCGACAAUUCUACAGAAGAAAAUGAAAAUCAACAAACAGCUACAACAGUUGAUGAAAGUAAUGAAAUAACAAGUGGAACAACCGAAAGCAGUGAAAACAGUGACGAAAAUUCACAAGAAAAUGAUGAUGAAAGUACAGAAGCCACAAAUGAUACAGAAGAAAACGAUGACGAAGAUAAUGAAAGCGACAAUUCUACAGAAGAAAAUGAAAAUCAACAAACAGCUACAACAGUUGAUGAAAGUAAUGAAAUAACAAGUGGAACAACCGAAAGCAGUGAAAACAGUGACGAAAAUUCACAAGAAAAUGAUGAUGAAAGUACAGAAGCCACAAAUGAUACAGAAGAAAACGAUGACGAAGAUAAUGAAAGCGACAAUUCUACAGAAGAAAAUGAAAAUCAACAAACAGCUACAUCAGUUGAUGAAAGUAAUGAAAUAACAAGUGGAACAACAGAAAGCAGUGAAAACAGUGACGAAAAUUCACAAGAAAAUGAUGAUGAAAGUACAGAAGCCACAAAUGAUACCGAAGAAAACGAUGACGAAGAUAAUGAAAGCGACAAUUCUACAGAAGAAAAUGAAAAUCAACAAACAGCUACAACAGUUGAUGAAAGUAAUGAAAUAACAAGUGGAACAACCGAAAGCAGUGAAAACAGUGACGAAAAUUCACAAGAAAAUGAUGAUGAAAGUACAGAAGCCACAAAUGAUACCGAAGAAAACGAUGACGAAGAUAAUGAAAGCGACAAUUCUACAGAAGAAAAUGAAAAUCAACAAACAGCUACAACAGUUGAUGAAAGUAAUGAAAUAACAAGUGGAACAACCGAAAGCAGUGAAAACAGUGACGAAAAUUCACAAGAAAAUGAUGAUGAAAGUACAGAAGCCACAAAUGAUACAGAAGAAAACGAUGACGAAGAUAAUGAAAGCGACAAUUCUACAGAAGAAAAUGAAAAUCAACAAACAGCUACAUCAGUUGAUGAAAGUAAUGAAAUAACAAGUGGAACAACAGAAAGCAGUGAAAACAGUGACGAAAAUUCACAAGAAAAUGAUGAUGAAAGUACAGAAGCCACAAAUGAUACAGAAGAAAACGAUGACGAAGAUAAUGAAAGCGACAAUUCUACAGAAGAAAAUGAAAAUCAACAAACAGCUACAACAGUUGAUGAAAGUAAUGAAAUAACAAGUGGAACAACCGAAAGCAGUGAAAACAGUGACGAAAAUUCACAAGAAAAUGAUGAUGAAAGUACAGAAGCCACAAAUGAUACAGAAGAAAACGAUGACGAAGAUAAUGAAAGCGACAAUUCUACAGAAGAAAAUGAAAAUCAACAAACAGCUACAACAGUUGAUGAAAGUAAUGAAAUAACAAGUGGAACAACCGAAAGCAGUGAAAACAGUGACGAAAAUUCACAAGAAAAUGAUGAUGAAAGUACAGAAGCCACAAAUGAUACAGAAGAAAACGAUGACGAAGAUAAUGAAAGCGACAAUUCUACAGAAGAAAAUGAAAAUCAACAAACAGCUACAUCAGUUGAUGAAAGUAAUGAAAUAACAAGUGGAACAACAGAAAGCAGUGAAAACAGUGACGAAAAUUCACAAGAAAAUGAUGAUGAAAGUACAGAAAGUACAAAUGAUACCGAAGAAAACGAUGACGAAGAUAGUGAAAGCGACAAUUUUACAGAAGAAAAUGAAAAUCAACAAACAGCUACAACAGUUGAUGAAAGUAAUGAAAUAACAAGUGGAACAACCGAAAGCAAUGAAAACAGUGACGAAAAUUCACAAGAAAAUGAUGAUGAAAGUACUGAAGCCACAAAUGAUACCGAAGAAAACGAUGACGAAGAUAAUGAAAGCGACAAUUCUACAGAAGAUAAUGAAAAUGAUAGUGAACAGACAGCUACAACAGUUGAUGAAAGUAAUGAAAUAACUAGAGGAACAACCGAAAGCAGUGAAAACAGUGACGAAAAUUCACAAGAAAAUGAUGAUGAUAAUGAUGAUGAAAGUACAGAAAGUACAAAUGAUACCAAAGAAAACGAUAACGAAGAUAAUGAAAGCGACAAUUCUACAGAAGAAAAUGAAAAUCAUAGUGAACAAACAGCUACAACAGUUGAUGAAAGUAAUGAAAUAACUAGUGGAACAACAGAAAGCAGUGAAAACAGUGACGAAAAUUCACAAGAAAAUGAUGAUGAAAGUACAGAAAGUACAAAUGAUACCGAAGAAAACGAUGACAAAGAUAAUGAAAGCGACAAUUCUACAGAAGAAAAUGAAAAUGAUAGUAAACAAACAGCUACAACAGUUGAUGAAAGUAAUGAAAUAACUAGAGGAAUAACCGAAAGCAGUGAAAACAGUGACGAAAAUUCAGAAGAAAAUUAUGAUGAUAAUGAUGAUGAAAGUACAGAAAGUACAAAUGAUACCGAAGAAAACGAUGACGAAGAUAAUGAAAGCGACAAUUCUACAGAAGAAAAUGAAAAUGAUACAAAUAAUAAUAAUGCAGAUAAUAGCAACGAUAAUAAUGGAAGCAAAACUGAAGACAGUGAUAAUGCUAACAAUAACCAAAAUGAUUAUGCUGAAAUUACUGAAACAAAUGUUAAUAACCAGGAUGACGAUACAAAUAAUAGUCAAAAAGAAAAUUCUCAAAAUAAUUCAUUGGAAGAUAAUAAGAAAAAAGGAAAGAAGUCAAACGAACAAGAAGAAUAUAAUGAGAAGAAGACAAAGCAAUCGAAUUGGAUCGAAAGAAUCAAUAAACGACUUGUAAAGAGACAAGAAUAUUUAGACAAUUUUGAACAUCGAUACGGAAUCCAUAUUCAAUGUGAUCCCAAAUUUUGCAAAAUGCAAUGUAUUGUGAACGGUAACCAUGCUGGAUAUUGUAGACGAUCUACAGAAUGCGCAUGCGUUUGAAUAUAACACACGAAGACGACCACUAAGGGAAUCGUAGUAAUACUAGUUAACGAAUUUUAGUAAUGUGUAGUUUGAAAAUAAAUAUUGUUAUCAAAAA